GUCUUUACUCUCCAAUCAAUCCAGAGCUGUGGAAGCCUCCUCCUGAGGCUCUCAACCUACACUCUUAGCCUAAAACCCAUUAAGUCUUCAGAAACUUGACUUUUUUCUCCAAGGGGCAGCAGGUCCUUCCUGGCCUUCUGCUUCCCCAGUCCCUUGCCCUCAGAAACAAGUUAGACCUCAGCUGUGUCCCUUUCCCUGGCUCACGGGCAGUAAGCUGGCCCACCAAGCCCAUUUCUGUGGCACCCUGCCUUCCAUGAGGAGCAACAGCCGGCGCAAGUUGGAUCAGAAGGUGUUCAUAGAACAGGUUCGAGAAUGCAUGAACAAUGGCUACUUGCUCUCCUCAAAGAAGAUUGGAUCUGGUGCUUUCUCCAAGGUCUACCUGGCCUAUGCAACACGUGAUCGCUUGAAGCACAACCUUAGGCUAUCCUCUGACUUGCGGGGCAAGCGCCACACUAUGGUGGCUAUUAAGAUUGUGUCCAUGGCUGAAGCCCCAGCAGAGUACUCCAGAAAGUUCCUGCCCCGGGAAAUUUUAUCACUCAACGCUACCUACAAGCACAUGAACAUAGUUCAGCUGUAUGAGACCUACCAGAACAGCCAGCGCUCCUACCUGGUACUAGAGUUGGCAGCUAGAGGUGACCUGUUGGAGCAUAUCAAUGCAGUGUCAGACCUCCGAUGUUGCCCAGGGCUGGAGGAGGAAGAGGCCCGAAGGCUGUUCUGGCAACUGGUCAGUGCCGUGGCCCACUGCCACAAUGUUGGCAUUGUGCACAGGGACUUGAAAUGUGAAAAUAUCCUGUUGGAUGACCAGGGCUUCCUAAAGCUGACAGAUUUUGGCUUUGCCAACUGGGUGGGGCUCAAGAACUCUCUGCUGAGCACCUUCUGUGGCUCUGUGGCCUAUACGGCCCCAGAGAUUCUCAUGAGCAAGAAGUACAACGGUGAGCAGGCUGAUCUGUGGAGCCUAGGGAUCAUCCUCCAUGCCAUGGUGUCUGGGAAGCUGCCCUUCAAGGAACACCAGCCCCAUCGCAUGCUGCACUUGAUUCGUCGAGGUCCCAUCUUCAGGCCAGGGCUGUCCCCAGAGUGCCGGGACCUGAUCCGAGGGCUGCUUCAGCUGCACCCGUGCGAACGCCUGGACCUACAGCAGGUGGCUGCUCACUGCUGGAUGCUGCCUGCAGAACACAUGCUGUCUGUACUUGGAGCUCCCCGAGAACAGGAGCAUCCUUGGUCUGCAAUAGCACCAGACAACACAAAGCCUGACAGAGAUACCAGGUAUACCAGAAGCAAAGGCUCCAGCCCCUCCAGUGGCAGGAUAUCUCCGAGAAGAGCGUCUCUAGCCCAGCUGUGCAGCACCUGGAAGCCUGCACCAGAGCAAUAGGUUGGGCUUGGGCGUACCAUGGCAGGUGGCUGCUCUCCAUGUCCCGUGUUCCCCAAGAGGAACAUGGCUGGGCACUAUCUGGUGAAUUGAGGGAGGGUGGGUGUGUGCAGAUAAAAAUGUUCAUUCU